AUGUCGCACGAGUUUGCUUCUUCCAACGACGACGCUUCCACCGUACUGCUCGCGAGCUCCGCGCGAAUCUCUUUCCCCGACGACCUCCCACUUCCGGAGUUCCUGUCUGCUCCGUCCGACAAUCAACUCGGCGUUAACGUUGACGAAGCUCCUGUCGACGCAUUCGGAAACUUGGAAGAUCUUAUCGUUGAAGAGAGCUCAUCGUCUGCUGCUGCGGCUACGGUUCCUGCGGGAAGUCUUACCGCCGACGGCGCUGAUUGGAUCCUGAACUUGGAUUUAACGGACGAGACGAGCCUGAUCGCCGAGGCCAAUCUGGUUGACGAGCUGACUGCUGUUGAGCUGACUGCAGGGGAGCUGACUGCGACCGAGCUUGCCGCGAACGACGUGAGCCAGAUCGCAGUGAAACCGGACUUCGGGAAGGAGACUCGCGUGAUUCUCGAGAGCAAACUCAGCGAUGCAUGCCUUGGCGAUGCGCUCGGCGAUGCUGGCGACUUCCUUCUCGAUGCGUUCCAUGCUACUGUUGGCGAGGUCGAUUUCUCGUCGCUGGACGUCGCAGGCGAGGAGUUCCCGGAUCUUCUCGUCGAACCCGCCUUGGGAAACCACGUCGCGUCGCAGCCUGAGGUGACACCUCAGCAAUGCCACGUGGCGAUUCCCCCUCCGCCGCCGGCGCUGCAGCCAAUGCGCAUCUCUCUGCUGCAGUUGCCCCCCGGCCUCGUUCUGCGCCGGUGUGGCGGCAGCGGAACGCAAAUCCCCUCCGCUCCUGUUGCUCUUGUCGCUCCGUCUGCUGCUCCUGUCGCUCCGUCUGCUGCUCCUGCCGCUCCGUCUGCUGCUCCUGGUGCUGCUGUUGCUAUGUCCCAAGAGCGACUGACCCCUGACGAAGCCCCUCUCGGAAAGCGGAAGCGGGACCUGGAGCUUUCACCUGCAGCAAGUGGCGAAUUCCAGCAGCAGCAGCAGCAGCCGAUGCAGAUGCAGAUGCAGGAACAGCAGCAGCAGCCAUCCAAAGUUAGGCGCGUGGACCCUCCUUCCCCUGCGUCCGCGGUUUUAGCAGCAGAUGAAGAGCUGGACGUCGACUCGGGAUCAGAAGAGGGGGUUCUUUGGGAGGCUCUGGAGCAGCAAAUGAAACCCGCCACGUCAGAUGAAACGCCGUGUCAGUGCCUCGCGUGUCAGUGCAAGUCAGAGGAGGACAGGAUGUUCCUGCUGACUGGGAAGCGGACGGCGAAAGCUGGUGCUGGUGCUGCUGUCGUGGGAGAAGUGAAGGGAGAGACAGUGGAGGGAGCCAAGCCGAUGGAGCUUGUGUUAGAGGAUGGAGUUCCUCUUGAGUGCUCCAUUGAAUAG